GACCGGCGUUGCGCGGGCGUCUUUCAGUCAGUAGAGGGGGAGACCCGGGAGCGGACCUGAGUCGGGUCGGUGCCCGUUGCCGCCGCCAUCAUGUUCCGCUGCCGCGUGGCUACCAGGCUAGUGCGGGCGCUGGGCCCAAGGUCACGGGGUCGUGCGGGAACAGGCAACUUCUUUCAGCGAUGGAAAGUUCCCUUAGAAGUUCAGCUGAGCAGACAAAUGACUAGUUCUGGUGUUCCGGGAGGCAAAGGCGAAAAUACUGUCUUUGCCUUUCUUGUGGGCUUAUCCGCCUUAGGAGCAGGGGCCUAUGUGUACAAGACACUAAGAGAAGAUCAAAAGCGGUAUAAUGAGCGCAUUGCAACAAUGGAUCAGCGCCCCAAACAGGAUGCAAAACCCCUGUCAGAAGCAGAUGCUGCCUCCCAGAGCACAGCAGCCCAAGAAACAGAAGCAGCCUCUCGCCCAGAAGUUCCGUCCCAUGCUCCUUUCCUCCUAAUUGGUGGAGGCACUGCUGCUUUUGCUGCAGCCAGAUCCAUCCGAGCUCGAGAUCCUGGGGCCAGGGUACUGAUUGUGUCUGAAGACCCUGAACUUCCAUACAUGCGGCCGCCACUUUCCAAAGAACUGUGGUUUUCAGAUGACCCAGAUGUCCCAGAAACGCUGAGGUUCAAGCAAUGGAAUGGUAAACAGAGGAGUAUAUACUUCCAGCCACCUUCUUUCUAUGUAUCUGCAUGUGACCUGCCUCACUUAGAGAAUGGUGGAGUGGCCGUCCUCACUGGAAGGAAGGUGGUCCACAUGGACAUCAGAGGCAACAUAGUGAAACUUGACAACGGUGCAGAGAUCUCCUACGACAAGUGCUUAAUUGCCACAGGUGGUUCUCCAAGGAAUCUUCCUGUGAUUGAGAGGGCAGGCAAAGAGGUGCAGCAGAGGGUCACCCUUUUCCGGAAGGUUGAAGAUUUCCGUUCACUGGAGAAAAUUUCCAGAGAAGUCAAGUCAGUCACCAUUAUUGGCGGUGGUUUCCUGGGUAGUGAGUUAGCCUGUGCUUUGGGGCGAAGAGCACAGUCAAUGGGCCUAGAAGUGAUCCAGAUGUUCCCAGAGAAUGGCAACAUGGGCAAAGUUCUUCCUGAGUACUUGAGCCACUGGACCACCAACAAAGUCAGGCGAGAGGGAGUGAAUGUGAUGCCCAAUGCCAUUGUCAAGUCUGUAUCUGUUGUUGGAAACCGGCUGCAAAUAAGACUGAAGGAUGGAAGGAAAGUGGAGACCGAUCACAUUGUGGCAGCUGUGGGCCUGGAGCCCAAUGUUGAACUGGCCAAGUCAGCUGGCCUGGAGGUGGACUCAGACUUCGGGGGCUUUAGGGUCAAUGCAGAGCUCCAGGCUCGCUCCAAUAUCUGGGUGGCAGGGGAUGCUGCUUGCUUCUAUGACAUGAAGCUAGGCAGGCGGCGUGUGGAGCACCAUGAUCACGCUGUGGUGAGCGGAAGGCUGGCAGGAGAGAACAUGACGGGAGCAGCAAAGCCAUAUUGGCACCAGUCCAUGUUCUGGAGUGAUCUGGGCCCGGAUGUUGGCUAUGAAGCUAUUGGUCUUGUGGAUGGCAGCUUGCCCACUGUGGGAGUGUUUGCUAAAGCAACAGCAAAGGACACCCCAAGAUCAGCCACAGAGGAAUCAGGAACUGGAAUCCGCUCUGAGAGUGAAACGGAAUUAGAAGCACCAGAGCUCAAGGUCUCGGCCGCCUCGCCUUCCAGCCUGCAGGCCCCACAGCAGGGAGAGGACUACGGGAAAGGCGUCAUUUUCUACCUCAGGGAUAAAGUGGUGGUGGGAAUUGUUCUGUGGAACAUUUUUAACCGGAUGCCAAUUGCUCGAAAGAUCAUCAAGGAUGGGGAAGAGCACGCUGACCUCAACGAAGUUGCCAAGCUCUUCAACAUUCAUGAGGAAUGAGUGUCCCGCCCAAAGCCUCAGUCUGGGAUGCAUUUGGAAACUGGAGAGAUGAAGGCCUAGGCACCAGGCUGCGUGAGCUUGUCUGCUUGUGUGCCCCCUCCCUGUCCUGCCCACCACAGUAUGUGUGAAUAUUUGUGAAUGUUUGUAAUGGCCCAAGACUUGGGCUCUCUUUGCACCAUGAAUUAAACUGGAUUCUAAAUAGCAA